GUAAACGUCACGACUUUCUGUGUUCCUACCGAAACGUCAUUCACACUUCCUUCACUGGCCAUUUUCUGAUCAUACGAGGUGGUAGUGAACAAUAAACGCACUGACUAACUAAAAACUGAAUAGGAAGGAUGACAGGCUAAAGGAGUAGCAACAAACCCAAGUAACUUCAUUUGACAAUAACAAGAAACUAACUGAUAAAGAAAGAAUGGCCAGUACCAGUCAUUCGGACAGUGCUGACAUGUGCUCAGUGACUGAGAGCCCGAUCAUUAUACAGCCCAAAUCUAUAGACAAUUCCGACAUCAACCAGAUUUCCAUUGACAGUGAUUUCUCUGAAGGAGAAGAAGAUUUAACACUAUCUCGUAAAGACGCUUCACAAAAAUCAGAGUCAGGAAAACUCUUGUUUACCAGGAGAUUCAGACGAUUCAGAAGCCACAAUGACGAGGACGAAGAUGACGAAGAUCUGAAGGUGACUCAUCACUCCAGGAUGGAGGACUUUUUGUCGGGGACCUGUAAGGCAGCGGAGCAGGCGGAGGAGUUUGUGAAGAAGGUGUGGGCGGCUGGAUGGAGGGUGGUGCACCACCACUCCCUCCCCGACUGGUUGCAGGACAACGACUUCCUUCACACCGGGCACCGCCCACCAACCAACUCUUUCCUCGUCUGUUUCAAAUCUAUAUUCAGAAUACACACAGAAACUGGAAACAUAUGGUCACAUUUACUAGGAAUGAUAGCUUUCAUUGGAAUAGCCAGCUACUUCCUGACCCGCCCCUCUGUGGAGGUCCAGUGGCAGGAGAAGGCGGUGUUCUCGGCUUUCUUUGCCGGCGCCAUUCUGUGUCUGGGAUUCUCCUGGAUAUUCCACACAGUAUUUUGUCACAGUGAAAGAAUUGGGAAACUCUUCAACAAGCUGGACUACUGUGGCAUAGCUUUACUGACGAUGGGAUCCUUCGUUCCUUGGCUUUACUAUAGUUUCUACUGUCGUCUCGGUCCAAAGAUCGCCUAUCUCGUCCUUAUAUUCAUCCUUGGUACUUGUUGCAUCGUCGUUUCCUUGUGGGAUAAAUUUGCAGAGCCAGAAUUUAGAGGAAUUCGUGCAGGCGUGUUUAUUGCCCUUGGUCUGAGUGGAGUUGUGCCGGCUAUGCACUACGUGAUCAUUGAGGGGUUCUACAAUGCCGUUAAUUUCGCGGCCUUGGGAUGGCUUUGUCUAAUGGCACUCCUAUACAUUGUUGGAGCACUGAUUUACGCAUUCAGAAUUCCAGAGCGAAUAUUCCCAGGGAAAUUUGAUAUUUGGUUCCAGAGUCAUCAGAUCUUCCACAUGUUUGUCCUGGCUGCAGCGUUGGUCCACUUUCAUGGAAUUUCAAAGAUCGCGAAUUAUAGACUAUCCCUAGGAGAGUGCUUAGAUAGCGAGUUAGUGGAAUACUAAUCGACCAAUAGAAACAUCCCAAAUUGUUACGUAGUGGACUCUGUGAUGACUUAAAGAAAACACCCUGGAUGGUGAUGUAGUGGACUCUUAAGUGACCGACAGAAACACACACAAUCCCACCCUGUUUCUGUGAUUGUCUCCAUCUUGGAUUUGUUGUUUGUAAUCGUGUGAUACAUGUAUUUAUAUCCAUUUAUAUCACAUUAAUAUAAUAUGCAUCAUGGUUAUAUCAUCUUAUCAUACAAUAGAUCAAUUUCACAUGUGUGAAAUUGGAGAGAAAAAAUCCUGUUGAAUAUUAUAUUGAUUAUUGAUUAAGAGCAAAUGCAAUUUAAAGAGAAAUGUUUACUUAGCAGAUAAAAAAAAAUAAUUUUUGUUUCUAAAUAACCAAGUCUUUCAUUACGAUUGAAGUACUGGUAUUGCAAUUAUAAUGCAAUACUUUGAUAUCAGGGAAUGAAAUAUUCUCAGUUUGUAGAUUAAUUAUUGUCAAGAUUUCCCUUUUUCCGUAAUCAGCUGUUUGAUAUCUGUACAUAUUGUUAUUCUAAUACUUACAUGUGAAAUUAUUUUAGUCAGAUUAUUUUUGUUAACAUCAUUUACAAAAGACUUGAAGUUUUUUUCAAUUUGUAUAAUUUUUUCACUUGUGCUUCAAAAACUGUGACCAUAUCAUUAUUUUGUUUUUCACGAUACUUAAAACCUGGGUGGGUGUUCUUUUGCUGUUAAGUUGAAUUUAUUAUAAUUAUAUUGUUUUUUUAUCUUGAAUUUUAUGUUAAUAGAGAGUUGAAAUCUCUUCAAUGCAAUUGCAUUGUUUAAAUCAAAUCAGGAGUAGGCUAUGGAAAUUUGGUCUUGCAUACAAAAAUCAACUCCAACAAAACCUGCUGAGAAAUAAACAUGCGAAGUACAGUCAUAAAUUGUGUAGCAAGGAAGUUCAGCUUUAAUUUAUCAUGAUAAAGCACAUGCAUUGGGGUUUUUUUUUCUUUGAAAAGACUGUCAUCAUUUUUUUGUGACAAUGUUGAAAUGGAAAACAAUAUUUUAAAUGUAUGAAAAUUUUAUUAGAGGUACAAUAAGUCAUAUGACUUUAGUUAUAUUUGUUGUAAACCUAACAUAUCUGUUAGCAGGAUUUCUCAGAUUAUUUUUUUUUUGGUCGCUGGUUUAAUUAUUUUGGACGCUUUUCUACAAAUACCUGUGGGUUAUUAUUUUGUUCAAAUGAUCAUGAUAUGUUUUCUGCUACUGUGCAUCACUCGAACUUGACUUUUAUUGUUUUCAUCUGAUUGGUUCACUUCUCUUUAAAUGACCAAUAUCUUCUUUAUCAAACAAAUCCCUUUAUUUGAAGUUUUGGAAUGUUUGUGCGUGGUGAAAAAGUCGGAAGUGAUACCAGUAAUUUGUCAUAUUGUUUUAUUUUAUUAGUAUCCGAUGUUAAACUUGUUGAAUAAAUUUUACUUCACACUA